UAAUGUACAAUUCAAGAUCCUAAGUCUCAUGUAUUCAAUUGUAUUAACUAUUUUUAGAUCCUUAAGCAUCACCUUCAAGUGGAAGAAUUCAAAAGAUCUCAGAGAAAUUAUCUACAAUUUAAAUUGGAGUAGAAAAUGAAAGAUUUCAAAAACUUGAAUAAGCUGAAUAAAGAAUUUAAUAAGCUGAAGAUGCUUUCAAUGAAUUCUAAGAAUAGAUCUUUACUAAAUUGAAUGGAUUAAGAGAUUAAGUAAUUUAUUUAUACUUAUUAUUGUUUAGUUAGGAAAAUUAUAAAAAUAAGUAGAAGAAGAUAAAUUGGCUAAGGAAUAAGCUAAUGAAACUAAAAAUAGAGAAGUACAAGCAUUAGAAAAGAAAUUUGAAAAUGCUAUUUUAAAUGAAACCUAAACAAGAAAAGAAGGAGAAACUAAAGUAUUAAGAUUAUUGGAAGAUAAAACAGCAUUAUUGAGAACUGAAGUCUAAAAGGAAACUGCAGCAAGAGUUGAUUCUAUUGAAGGAAUUCAUUAAGGAUUAUAAAAUGAUUUACCUAAAAUUUAAGAGGCUAUUAGAAAUGAAGCCAAUGAAAGAGAUGAAUCAGAUUAAAAUGUAAGUAUAUUUAUAUUAACAUUUAGGUUAUGAAAUCCAUUACUGAUGAAUUAGUAAAGUUAAGUAAUCUAAUCAAUGUUGAAAAAAGAAAUAGAGAUGAAAGUGAAUAAUCCAUAUUUGAAAUGCUUAAAGAUAUUGUUAAUAGAGUCAAAGUAGAAUUAGAUUAAGAAAAGAAAACAAGGUAUAUUAAUCAAAUAAUAAAUUAAUAGAGAAUAAUCUGAAGAACAUUUAUUAAGUUUGCUAGAAGAUACUUGUAAUAAACUCAGUAUUGCAGCAAAUCUAUGAUA